UUAUGUUAAUGGCGCCGUAGCAACCUACACAAACAACCCUGCAUCCGGCAGAACAAGAAUUCUAAAGCACCCAUCUCCGUUUGAACUGUGCUGGCAAUAUGGAUCAAACAAAGCGUCCUUUGCGAAUACCACCAGAGUUUGCCACAUAUGCAGAGAAGCAUGGGAUAUUUGAUAUGUAUAAGAGGCUGAUUGAGCAGUUGGUGAUUUCUAAGCCUGAUGACCCAAUACUUUAUCUUAUCAACUUACUCAAGAGAGAAAAUGAUGAUGUGCCAGCUAUUGUCAUUCUCGGGCCACCAUGCUCUGGUAAACGCUCCAUUGCAAAGAUGGUGUGUGGAAAACUACGUUGUGCCCACCUCACUUCACAGAACCUUAUCGAAGAAGCAGAUAUAGCUAUUCGUGACAAGGCACGCAGCUUCAUUCAGAAUCAAGAGCCCAUCCCAACUGAAAUGUGGUUGAAGAUCCUAACAGACAGAAUGCAGUUGUAUGAUACUCAGAAGAAAGGUUGGGUGUUGGAAGGAUUCCCUGAGACCCGUGAACAAGCGAUGGCAUUACAGAUCAAUGGAAUCUACCCAAAGCAUUGCAUCGUUUUGGAGGCUCCUGACACAGUCCUGAUAGAAAGAGCCGCUGGGAAGAGAAUUGACACCAAGACAGGCGAUGUUUACCACACAACUUUUGACUGGCCGGGAAAUCCUGAGGUGCAGGAACGGCUGGAAGAACCAGAGGGUUUGUCUGAGGAGGCCAUGGUGAACAAACUGGUUCUCUACCACAGACACAUCGACGGAAUUCUCCGAUGCUACGACCAGGUCGUUCGCACGGUCAAUGCUGAUCAGCCUAAGGCAGACGUUUACUCUCAAGCUUUCUCCUUCCUGUGCAGCCAAGCCCGGUCCAACGCUCCGCACACGCCCAGAGUUAUCCUCUUGGGGCCUACUGGGAGUGGCAAGGGUGUGCAAGCCGCUCUGUUGGCUAACAAAUAUAACUUGGUGAAAGUGUCUUGUGGUCAGCUCAUCAAACAAGCAAUCACUCAAGAGACCAAGUCUGGCAUGGCCGCCAAACCCUAUGUGGAGAAGGACAUGAUGAUGCCAGACAGCAUUGUGCUGGACAUCCUGAAGGAUCGGCUGUGUCAGCUGGACUGUGUCACUCGAGGCUGGGUCUUGUCUGGGUACCCUCGGACACGAGAGCAGGCGGAGCAGUUAGACAAGGCCGGACUGAGGCCUAACAGAGUGUUCUUCCUGGAUGUCCCCAACGACUCGGUCCUAGAGCGGCUGACGCUGCGGGCGAUGGACCCCAUCACUGGGGAGAGGUACCACACGCUGUACAACCCUCCACGAAGCCAAGAGGUCAAGGACAGGCUGUGGAAGAACCCGAAGGACGGCGAGGAGAACGUGCGUAAGCUCCUGUCCCAGUACUUCGCCUAUGUGGAGGAGCUCUCCGACUUCUACCUGGACGGCCAGCACGUCAAUGCCGACCAGGACCCGCACACCGUGUUUGAGUGUCUGGAGAGCAUGAUCUGCAAGCCGCUGCCCAAGAAUUUCUACUGAGAGACUUUAGAGCAUUUAGAGCAAUUAAGCAAUCCUGGUGUGACAUUUAAAAAUACAGCGUAGUCUUCUCAUUUAGCUUCUACGAACCAGGCCUUUGUCCACUCCUACUGACUGAGAGACUUUAUAGCAUUUAGAGCAAUUGUGAAGCGUGCUGACUAAAGGAGUUACUUCUUGUAUUUGAGCCCAAUGGAAAUAGAUACAUCGGGCUCAUAGAUAAAGUUUUUACAAUUUAGAAUUAUGAAAUAAUAAAAGGCAUGUUGUAAUUUAAGAAUAUGACAUCAAAAGAAAAUCAACAAAUUUGACCUUAGUGCCGAUUUUGGUCAAUGUUCCAUUUGUGGGUAGUGAAAAGUAGCUCAUUUUGUCAGUGCACCUCACAAUUAAGUAAUCCUGGUGUGACAUUUAAAAGUGCAGCGUAGUCCACUCAUUUAGAUUCAACGAACCAGGCUUUACUCCAUUUCUACUGAAAGACUGAAGAGAAUAAGCCAAACUAGAAAUAAAGCUACUCUGUUGUGACAUCUUUAAGUACAGCAUAGUUCAUUUAUUUAGGUUCAAAGGACCAGACUUGUCCAUUUCUACUGAGAGACUUCAGAGCAUUUAGAGCAAUUAAGCAAUCCUAGUGUAACAUUUAGAAAUGCAGCGUAGUGAGCAUAGUCCUCUCAUUUAGUUUCAACAAACCUAGCCUUUGUCCAUUUCUACUGACUGAGAGAUUUUAUAGCAUUUAGAGCAAUUAAGUAAUCCUGGUGGGACAUUUAAAAAUACAGCAUAGUCCACUCAUUUAGCUUCAACGAACCAGGCCCAAGAAUUUCUACUGAGAGACUUAAGAGAAUAUGCCAAACUAGCAAUUACGUUACUCUGUUGUGACAUCUUUAAAUACAGCAUAGUCCGCUUAUUAAGCUUCAAAAGAACAGGCUUUUGUCUAUUUUUACUGAGAGAUUUUACAGUAAAGAGUAGGCCAAAUGUGGCAACUAAGCUAACCUGCUGUGACUUGUAUAAUUAAAUAAUAAUAAACAUUGUUUGUAUAGUACAUACUCCUGCUCUGUGUGCUUGCACUCUAAAUUAAUCAAUAUUAUAAUACGUAAUUUUAUCAUUAAAUACAGCGGAGUCCACUUAUUUAGCUUCAAAGGACCAGGCCUUUGUCCAUAUUUUUUUUAUUGAGGUUUUUAAAAAAUCUUUUCAGGUUAAUAAAUACAAAAAGUAAAAGUUAUGCACUUUUGGCAAUGGCUCUUAAUUAAUUAUAUUGGGUCAGUCGUGUUUAAAAAAAAUAAAGACUAACAUUCUUGUAAAAAAAAUUGUUGUAAGUAAACCCCUGAAUGUUAAAUUUUAUGGAAAGAUCUAAGUUAAGAAAUACCUGUACCAGUUUGCUGAAAACACAAUGACUGUGGAACUUGUUUCAACGGAGCUGUCUAGUCUCAGCAGUUUAAUUACUGUUACUGAUUCAUUCAGUUUGUGUUUUUCAAAUUGAUGAUCUGACAGAAAUUUGCCAGAGGAAUGUUUCUUGCUAAUUAUUAUUUUAUCAUAAGAAAUAUUUCUUAAACUUAAAGAAUAUUCUCUAGUUUGUUCAACAAAAUUACCUAUAUCUCCACUUUAGAAUUUGGCAACCUUUUCAAACUGCUUCAAACUAAUUUUUCUAAAAAUAGUGAAUAUUAUUCAUUAUAAUAAUAGGAUACUUUGAAAAGGGAGUGUCUUGAUGUAUUGCGUUUGCUACAAUGUUUCCUGCACUGCAUACAAGUGUAAAGAUGUACCGUAGAGAAUUCUUGUUAUUCUCAUGCUGUUGCAAAAUGUGCCUCUAUGUAAAUUAUAAUGUAUCAACAUAAGUUUCCUCUAAAGAACAAGGCUGCUCGUUUAAACAUUUUUUUUUUUUUAUCAUGUGUGGCUUCAGUUUUUGUUCUGUAAAAUCCGAAAGAUUUUUCAAAUUAAUUUUUUUGAAGUUGGGGAUUGGGUAUGACAAGGGUGGAUGGAAGAUUUAUUUUCAUUGUGCAUGUUAGUUGGCAGGAGAAUGGGGAUUGUCUCUUUUACUAUAAUAUUUUAGAGAUGUUCUGAAGAGUGUUGUGCUCCUCUUUCUCAACAACUCAAUUUAGCUUUUAUUCUGUGAUAUGAAAAUUGCUUUUAAAAAAGAUGAUGAUAAAUAAAAGUCAUGCUACCAACCCUAA